AUGGCACAAUUUACAGCUCAGGGACGCUUAAAGAUCCUCUUCAGUGGCUAUGGCUCCAACGACCAUUUUCCAUUUCAAUUUCAAGUUUACCAAGUUAAAAAGGCAUUUGGAGGCACUGUAUUUACUUGCUCUCAUUCUUCAGUUCCUUCUCGAAAUCACAAGCGCGAGCUCAGUUUAUGGGGUGGUAUUACAAGAACCAGAGUGAAUGCUUCAAAAUCGUCAUCAUCCUUGAACAAAUCCAAACGAUUGAAUGCGGAGGAAUCAAUUGAUUCGUGUGGAGAUAGAGAUGUGUUUCUUGGUGAAAUCUUCUCGGAGGACCCAGAUUUUGAGAGGGACGAGCUUGCUGGUUUCAGAGGUUUGGUCUUGGAUAUCUCCUACAGGCCUGUUAAUGUUGUCUGCUGGAAGCGCGCAAUUUGUUUGGAGUUCCUGGAUAAGGCUGAUGUUUUAGAAUAUUACGACCAAACUGUUAACUCUCCUGGCGGUUCUUUCUACAUACCUGCUGUCUUAAGGAUUCCUCAUUUAUUAGUUGUCAAAAGGAGGAAAGUCAAAAGAAGCCUUAGCCGGAAAAAUAUUUUUUUUCGUGACAAUUUCGUGUGUCAGUAUUGUUCUUCUGGUGAAAACUUGACUGUAGAUCAUGUUCUGCCGAUCUCACUAGGGGGAGAGUGGACAUGGGAGAAUCUGGUUACUGCAUGUGCCAGAUGCAAUUCAAGGAAAGGUCAGAAAACCUUGGAGGAAGCAAAUAUGACACUGAUGAAGGUCCCCAAGGCCCCCAAGGACUAUGAUAUACUUGCCGUACCCUUGACAAACACUGCUAUAAAGAUGCUGAAAAUGCGAAAGGGAACCCCGGAAGAAUGGCGGCAAUACCUCGCAAAGCCAUAUGCACUACCAUGA